CACCUUGUCCGUUAUUGUUAGUUGUUAGCGCCGUCACCAUCCAUCAUCAUCCAAUUUCUGUCUCCUGGUAUUCCAUUCUAUUUUUCACCCAUCGUGCAAGGAAGGGAUAUGGCCUUCACUAUAUCCGACUGUGGACUUAGUCGCUUAUCCAUAUUUAAUCGGUACGAAUCGUUUUCUCCCCAAUUCCUCCACCGGAGACCCACCUUGAUUCCGAGCACACAAUCGCCAAGAUUGCCUGUGAUUCAGUGCUCAUUAACAAAUUCCACCGGGGGCAAAACCCUUAAAACAUGCAAGAACUGCAAAACCCAAUUCGACCCUUCUCUCAAUCACCCUAGCGCUUGUCGAUUCCAUACUGCCCAUUUUGGAGGAGAAACAAAGAGGAAGUUUGAGAGUGUUUACUCUGGAGGCACUAUGGAUACUCCUGACUCUGGCAGAGUUUUUCAAUAUUGGCAUUGCUGCGGAUCUGAAGAUCCUUUUGACCCUGGAUGUACUGCUGCACCUCACUCCUCCUAUGAUGAAUGAUGUGGUUGACAAUCUUUUUUCUUCAAACAAUACCGGUUUCUGUUAUUUGGUAUGAAAUUCUUGAUUCUUACUGCUAAGUGCUUUCUAUAUGUAAAGGCUCAAUUGUAUUCUGCUGUCACAAAGGAAUACUGCUGGAGGACAUGUACUUUAGCCAGAGAUAUUUUAUUAUCUUUUUCUGGAAAUAACUGCCUUUAACCAGUAGGAAGCAGUCAUUUCUUUUUUCUUUUGCCCCUAAUCAUGUUUGUUAUCUAUCCCAUGACUCAAUUGACAGGCAGAAAUUUUCAGGUCAUGCCACUAAUUAUAAUAAAAUCAGAUUAAAACCCGUCUC